AUGGAACAAAUAAUUAAAAAUCUCUUAGUCGCCGACAACGAUCUAAUACGGCAAGCUUCGGAAGACUUAAAAGCAGCUCUCGGAAAGCCGGAAACAGUUCCCCAAUUAUGUGAGAUCUGCGUUUCAAACAACGAUGCCCAAGUGCGACAAUACGCAGCGAUGUUGUUGAAAAAACACCUGGGGAAGUUGCGUACAUGGCGAGAAGUGCCGGUCGAAACGCAAGACAUAAUCAAGAAAGGUAUGCUGGAAGCAAUCGGGAAUGAAUCGGAAAAAUCUGUUCGUAAUGCUAUUACCGGCUUCGUUGCGGUGUUAGUCAGACACGAAGCUGAAAAGCAAGACGGAUGGAUGAGCGAAGUCUUGAAGUUUAUGUAUGAUAACACUACCUCGAGCGAUCCAAAACUGAGCGAACUUGGAUCGUCCAUGUUCGCCACGCUGGCCGAUUACGCGUCAGAUCAGUUCAUGCCUCAUAUCGAAAUGGUUUGCCAGCUAUUUUCCGGGGCUCUUAUAACGACGGAGGCGAACGGAGAUAUGGCCACCCCGGUGAUUUAUAACAUUCUUCUUGGAAUGUCGCGUUUGGUACCUUGUAUUGCUGGCCGGCAAGAUUUGGAGCAAACCUAUAGAGAUUCGAUUCCCUACGUACUAAAGGCACUGAGCGCUUUCGCCGAACAUGAUCCAGAUAAGUUUACACAGGCGUUUGAUAUUUUGGAAAAUCUUGUUGAUGGAUCCUCGCGCACGCUAUCGCCCCACAUGAACCUUUUGAUCGACUUUUGUCUGCAGUUGGCGAGCAACAGCCAGCUAGAAGAUUCGGUGCGCGUUAAAACACUCACCUUCAUCGGUUGGUUGGUGCGUCAGAAGAAGAAAAUGAUCAUCAAGCAAAAACUUGUAGAACCCAUCGUCGUGGCAUUAUUUGCAUUGAUGAGCGUUGCGCCCGAAGUUGAAGAUGAGGAUGAAGAAUACUUUGGUAGUAACGAAGUUUCGACUCCUAGCACUUGCGCCACUCAGUCUCUGGACGUUAUGGCGCUACACAUUCCUCCGAAACAGCUUUUCCCUCCACUGAUGGCUCUGCUUGAGCCAGCUUUGGCAGGUGAUAAUCCGUUGGCCAAAAAAGCUGCAUAUCUCUCGAUCGCCGUUAUUGCAGAAGGCUGCUCCGAACACAUAUGCAGUAAAUAUUUGCGUGUUCUAGUAGACGUAAUCAAACGUGGCAUUACUGACCCAAAUGUUAUGAUCCGUAACGCGGCGCUGUUCGCGCUCGGACAGUUCUCCGAACAUCUGCAACCGGAAAUUUCGCAGCAUGCCGACGAAAUUUUACCGAUUCUGUUCGAGUUUCUGCAGCAGUUGUGCCUUCAAAUUCGUUCCGGUGGCAAGGAACCGCCGCAUAUCGAUCGUGUCUUCUACGCUCUCGAAACAACGUGCGAAAACCUCGAAGAGCAGGUAACACCAUAUCUGCCCAUGCUUAUGGACCGUUUGUUCGAGUCACUAGAUACUCGGAACAGCGUUCACCUGCGAGAGCUUUCUUUGACAACGAUCGCCGCGACAGCGAAUGCGGCCAAGGAGCACAUGUUGCCAUAUUUUGCUCGCUUAAUAGACUGCCUAAAAGUAUACCUGGUUAAGUCAGAUGAUGAAGAUAUUUGCAGCUUGCGACCGCAGGCAAUCGAUACGUUUGCUGCGCUUGUACGUACUAUCGGCAAAGACAAUUUCCUACCGUUGGCUGUGGACACCCUGAACUUGGGUUUGACGAUGCUUGAUGAAUCGAACGAUCCGGAUCUGCGCAGAAGUUGCUACAAUCUAUUCGCUUCCAUGGCGUCUUCGGUAAAAGAAGACAUGGCCGGUUCACUGAACAAAAUUGUCGAAGCUAUGCUCGAGAGCGUGCGCAGUUCCGAAGGAAUCGUUCCGACGUUCAAGGAUGCAUCUGGAGAUGAUUUGGCUAUUUUACCUAACGGUUUGUCGACGAAUGGUGGCGGUGAUGGGGACGAUGAGGAUGAGGAGUUCGACAUUGAAAACUCAGUUGACGACGAGGAAGAUGAUGAUGAUGAAAUUGCUGGCUACAGCGUCGAGAACGCAUACAUGGAUGAAAAAGAGGAAGCUAUCCUGGCAUUGAUGGAGUUUGCCGAACACACGGGCCCCGCUUUUGCGCCAUUCAUUCAGACUGCUUUUGAAGAGAUCUACAAACUGUUGAAUCACCCGAACGAGGAUAUUCGCAAGGCAUCGAUCGAUGCAGUAAAGCAGUUCGUAGUCGCUCUGCACCAAAUGGGAAAUACGGAUGGUGUUAAUCAGACGAUACUUAUUUUGGUACCAAAGUUGAGUGAAAUUAUUCGAACGGAUGAGGAGCGCACGGUGGUAAUGUCAGCGCUGGAUGGCUUUAGUGAUAUCCUGGAUGAAGUGGGGGCAGCAACGUUCCAGGCAGAUGGCCAAAAGGAUGCCGUGUUCAAUUGUAUAGUAGACGUGCUGAACAGUAAAAUCGCCUGCCAGUUUGAUGAACCGGUGGACGAAGAGCAAGAGGAAAGCGAAUACGAUGAGGCCAUCCUUGAGUCGGCAGGAGACAUAUUGCCAAAGUUUGGCCGUGCUCUUCCUGCCGAAGAAUUUGCCGUCUACUUUGGCCGCGUGUGGCCAUAUUUCAUUCAAAAAAUAGAAAAAUCGAAACAGAAAGAUGAGACGACUGACUCGCAACGUGCCUUUGCGAUCGGCGUGCUGGCGGAAUGUUUUGAAGGAUUGAAAGAAUACACACGAAACUGGAUCGAUUCGUUGUUGCCCAUUUUCUUGUCUUGCGUUCAAGAUCGUAACAACGAGGUGCGCAGCAACACGGUGUAUGGCCUGGGAGAGAUGGUAUUGCAUGGGAAUGAUUGCACCUUUGGUCAUUACCCACAAAUUAUGGCUUCCCUCUCGCAACUUGUGUCCAAAGAACAGCAUGCUGGGACAUUGGAUAAUCUAUGCGGCGCCUUGGCGCGACUCAUAACCACCAACUGCAGUUUGGUUCCAUUAAAAGGCGUUCUCCCCGUCUUUGUGGAAUAUCUACCGUUGCGCGAGGAUUUUACCGAAAAUCUAGCUGUUUUUCGGUGCCUUGAUCUGCUCUAUCGGCAAGGUGAUGAAAAUCUAAUUCCGCUGCUGAGCCGCGUGCUAGUCGUAGGUUUGCAGGUGUUAUACAAGAAGGAACAUACUUCUGACGAGAGUCGCGAGCUGGUAUUCAAUUUAGUGAAGCAGAUAAGCAAAGACUUUCCGGAUAAGUUUACCGAAGUGAUUCGCAGUGAUGCCGAAAUUGCAAAUUUCGUCCAAACACUCAUGCUACAGUAGAAAUCAGCGAAGCCGCAUUUCAUGCGCAAAUUGUUCAUAACAUACAUCAAUCCAUAUCUGCUUCAUAGUACGUGUAUGAAACGAGAUGGUAGCAAGUAAAGGAGAAUUAGAUGCAACAAUGAAUUAGAGUCACUUAAAAAACUGUGGAUAUUUUAGGAAAAAAGAAGAGAAAUAGUACGUUCUCUACAAUGCUCUGAAUAGAGUUCAAUUGAAAAGUAUCUACGCCUAUCAAAAAGAAAACUUAUUUCAACGAGAGGAAAAACGUUGACGCAAAAAUUAGGCUGCGUUUCAACACUACCGCUUAAUUGCUGUGAAGAAGUCUUGUAAAGAAGCAAAACAGUCCGUCUAUAGUUUACGAUUGCGACACUCUUGCAUCCAGACCACUAGUGGCUCUACUAGAAAAACGAUUAAUAUUUUGAAAUAUGCUGUGUUCGAUGGAUCAAUGUCCUCAAAAUAGGUAUUCCAUUCGCUAUUCUUUAAAUCUGAAUGUUGAUUCUGAUGUUGCAUUUAUCAUAUUGUUUUCCGUUUUUUUCUACACCUGGGUGUUGUAUAUUCCAAAUUGGGGUACUGCUUUUAUGUGUGCUUCGGUUUGAAUAGUUUAGCAUUGCUUAAGGUUUAAAGCUGACUUCAUCUGAACAAUUCGCGGUUUGGCACACCCAUUAUUCUCAGUCUUUCAGAAUUUCCUUCCGAGAGUGUUUCGUCUGAAGUUCAAGCUCAUAGAGUUUAUGGUUAUAUUAACUCCUCCAAUUUGCUUCCACACGCAAGGAGUAAAAAAAUCUCUUCAUUAUAUAAGUUAGUGCAGUUUUCGAAGUUCCUCAAAACGAAGUAAAAAGUUCAUUUCAAUGUACGUAAUAGGAACGGGUGUUAAAAUAUUUGUUAUGUGUGAAUAAUAACCGCAUGGUUUUGUUUUCUUUUCUGAUCGUAGAAACAUAAGCGUUCCGAUUGCAUGUUCAUGGAAGAUGUCUUUCUUUUGUUUUACGCGCUAUGUUCAAAGCACUAAUAUGAUUAUAUACUAAUCAAUGAAUUCGAUUCAUAUUAAUUAUUCAUAGAUUUAUUUUGUACGUGGUUCCAUUUCAUAAUUUACAAAAUAAAUUCAUCUAUAAAACGAUUUUUUUGUAAGCAAUGCGGGAAAAGUGUAAUUUAACUGAAUAAUAAGCCGUAGCAUACGCGCUUAUAUGUUCAUGAUCAACUAUACCUUUUUAAACAAUACAGCAUUUCAGUGAUAUUUUUUACUAAACAUCAUAUAAUUUACAGAACAAUGCAUAUUGCCACAAGGGUUUGGUCAACCUGCUUGCAAAUGAAAUGAAAAUUUAUCAAAACUGCGCAAAAAAAUCGCUAAGCACCUAAGUGAUUUCGCAGUGCAAUUGACUUUCUAACAGGAUAACUGUUAUUUCAAAAGCUUUGUUUUAAUACAAAUGGAUGGUGCAGCUGCCAUACUAAUGGAAGUCGAAAAGUGUAAGCGUAUCGUCCAGAAAGUCUGUACGAAAUGUAUGAGACGGUAAUUGAUCACUUUUUACUGUUCAUUAAAUCGAUUUCUUUGUCAUAUGUAACAACAAUUCGUAACCAUCGUUUAAGUAUACCGAAUUUUUCUCAAAGCAUCGUACCGGGAAGAUCGUUUUGUUAAUUUUAAAAGCUGAGACAAUAACAAGUUUCGUGAUGA